ACGUCCCAACGUCCCAACAUGUCGAUUGCCACCUACGUCUGGAAAUGGUGCAAGGCUGGCCUGAAAUGGCUAUUCCCCUCCACUGAGAUGGCACAGCACCAUGCAGCUAUCUGGGACAGUAUAUUCAAAGACAAUGGGAAAUGGCUAGACUACGCCGUCAACAUACAUAACAUUCAGCCGAUGAUCUUGGGUAAAGACCUGGAUACGCUCGAUGGAGAGAUGGGGAGGGGCGCCUAUGUGUUGCUGCUGUUACUGGAUGUUCAUGAGAAUGUUCGAAAUGAGUUGGAUAAGUUUAUAGCCAGCCUCCAUGACCACGUGAAGGAUGCGAGGACCAAUGAGCUACGUUUUCGUAAAUUCAACAUGCGAGUGGUUGGGUUGAAGGGCGACCAGACAACGAUCUCGCAACACGAGUUGCGCCGCCUCGUUGCGCCAAGCCGAUGGUUUUCAGGAUUAAAUACUGUAUAUAGUUCUUGGGCGGUAAAAGACGUAAGAAGUCUAGGGUUGACAAGGAACAACAUACGUGGGGUACACACACGCGUCGUGGACUUUGGGGAUCUUGAACCUGUAUUUUCGGUGAGGUUGUUCCCUUCAUUGGUAGAGAAUCCGGUGCAAAUGCACUUCCAGGUUAAAGUCCCCGAGAGGGCGUGGAACGCCGUAUAUUCCGGACCAUACACCGAUGAAAUGCAAGACAGAGACUUCUAUAAUGGACCCUUAGUCAGUCAUUGGGAAAUGGCAGAGGCAGCAAUGGACCGACGAGUAGACAAUGACAUCUAAUUGUUUAUCCGACGUGUUAUCCGGCCCUCUGGCUUGGUCCGGUCUGGCCUGGUUCG